GGGCACGACUCGGCCGUCAGCGCUCUGGUCAUCUCUCCAGAUGGGCGGUGGGUAGCGACGGCCUCCAAGGAUUCCACCGUUAUCCUGUGGGAUGCCCGAGACGCAUGCAUCUCGCAAGAGUGGUUCGCCCACGACGGGAAGGUCUGGGAUCUCGCAUUCUCCCAAGACAGUCGACACCUCGCGUCUGCAGGCAAAGAUGAGAAGGUCGCCAUCUGGGACAUCAGCGGCACAUCACACCAAGUCGUUGCCCUCGAAGGUCACUCGAGUAUCGUCGAAGGCUGCGCCUGGUCUAGCGACGGUGCCUACAUCGCAUCCCGAGACAGCGACAACAUCGUACGAGUCUGGGAUGGACGAACGUUUCAGCCACUACCUGUGGACUCCGAGAUGGCACAUAUUAAGCCCCUGUUCUCCCCUGAUAGCCAUCGGCUUCUCGUUCCCCAUGGUGGCAGCUGUGGCGUGCUCGAUUUUGUAUCCGAUGCAUGCCUCGCGCUCGACAUGCCGACACGUGGCGAGGACGUUUAUCCCAUCAGCGCCGCCUUCAGUCGCUUGGGUACGCAUAUUGCUGUUGGGUAUGACAAUGGGGUGGUCCGCGUGUGGGACGCGGCGAAUAGACAACAGUGUCUGCUCUUGAGGGCGCACGAAGACCCAGUCACUGAUGUGGUAUUUUCCCCGGAUGGUCGGCUGCUGCUCUCGGCGUCGGACGACCGGACGAUGAAGGUGUGGGAUGCGCACACGGGUGCCAUGGUGCGGUCGCUGGACGGGCACGAAAUAGGGGUGCGCGGGGCGUGCUUCUCCCCGUGCGGGACGUAUAUCGCUUCUGCAGCUGAGACGGUGAGGAUAUGGAGGACGAGCGAUGGGUCGUGUUUGGCGGUGCUCUCCGAUCACGACGAUCCCUGGGUCUCGCAUGUUGCCUUCACUCCCGACGGGACGAUGUUGUGGUCCGGGGCAUUCAAUGGGACUGUGUUGGGUCGCCGAUUACAGGACGUCAUCCCGGAUGAAUUCAAAGUUUAA